AUGGAACGUGGAAGCUGUAAUGAUACUCUAGAUCGAGAAUUGGCUCGGCAUAUCAAGGAUAAUAUCAAAGUUCCGGAUGGAGAAGAAGAUGAUGAACCAUGUUGGAUGUUGGAAACAAAUGGCAAAUUCUCAGUUAAAUCUGCAUGGGAAUUUCUUAGGCAUAGAGAGAGCAAACAAACCAGCUAUAGGUUUAUAUGGGAGAAAGGGUUGCCUAUAAAGAUAAGCUUUUUUAUGUGGAGGGUGUGGAAAGGGAGAAUCUCUACAGAUGAUAUAUUAAAAAGGAUGAUGAUCAAUAUACCAUCAAGAUGCUGGUGCUGUGAGGAGCAUAAGGAGGAAACUGUAGUUCACUUAUUUCUAACAUCUUCCAUAGCUGUCAAGUUAUGGAAGUUUUUUGCUUCUUGUGCAGGUAUUCCCACAGAUGGAGUUGGUCUACAUCAAAUGAUCAUGGCAUGGUGGACUGCUGAGACAAAACCAAAAUUGCAACCUAUUUAUAGAGCAAUGCCAGCAGUGAUCAUGUGCACCUUAGUAGAUACAAAACCAAAAGUUUAUUAUGCUAAGGUGUUGUGGAGGAUGCCACCUUUAGGGAGAUUAAAAUGUAAUACAGAUGGGGCAUGCAGAGGCAAUCAUGGGAUCAGUUCAUUUAGAUUCUGCAUCAUAGAUAGCAAUGGAGAUUUGGUUUAUGCAGAAGCACAACAAAUGGGAAUAGCAACAAACAUGGAAGCGGAAAAUUUGCGAGACCAUAAAAAUGGCACCGAAGUUCUCAAAGAACACAACAUUCAACAGCUUUUAAUCGGAGACCGAUUCACUUGUCCUUCAAAAUAUCUUACAAGAUACAUGGAUCACUCCAUGGAACCGAGAAAUCGUAUUGAAGAGAUCAAACGGACAUGA